GAGUGAGGGUGGGGCGACACACACACACACACACACACACACCCUCUGCCCAGAAAUAGACUCACACUGACUGCUGCAUCCUGAAUUAGAAAUGGCUGCCACGGGAGUUCUCCCCUUUAUCAGGGGGGUAGACUUAAGUGGAAAUGAUUUUAAAGGAGGCUACUUUCCUGAACAUGUUAAAUCCAUGACUAGCCUUCGAUGGCUGAAACUCAACAGAACCGGGCUUUGUUAUCUUCCAGAAGAACUUUCCUCGCUCCAGAAACUGGAGCAUUUGUCAGUGAGCCACAACAGUCUUACAACGCUACAUGGAGAGCUCUCGAGCCUUCCGAACCUAAGGGCGGUUGUGGCCAGGGCAAACAACCUCAAGAACUCCGGAGUUCCAGAUGAUAUUUUUAAUUUGGAUGACCUCUCAGUUCUGGACCUGAGCUUCAACCAGCUGACUGAAAUCCCAAGGGAUCUGGAGAAUUCGAGAAAUAUGUUGGUUCUUAACCUCAGCCAUAACAGCAUUGAUAACAUACCAAAUCAGCUGUUCAUUAACCUAACUGAUCUGCUGUACCUGGAUCUGAGUGACAAUAAGUUGGACAGCCUUCCCCCUCAGAUGAGGCGUCUGGUUCAUCUUCAGACGCUCAUUCUCAACAAUAAUCCCCUUAUGCACGCACAGUUAAGGCAACUUCCAGCAAUGGUAGCCCUUCAGACCCUCCAUUUAAGAAACACUCAGCGCACUCAAAGUAACAUGCCAACAAGUCUUGAAGGCCUCACUCAUUUAGCAGAUGUGGAUCUGUCCUGCAACGAUCUGACUCGGAUGCCGGAAUGCCUAUACUCCUUGGCCAGUUUAAAACGCCUUAAUCUGAGUAGUAAUCAGAUCUCCGAGCUGUCACUGUGUAUAGAUCAGUGGACCCAGCUAGAGACUCUGAACCUGUCCAGGAACCAGCUCACAUCAUUGCCUUCUGCAAUUUGCAAGUUAUCCAAACUGAAGAAGCUGUAUUUGAACUCAAACAAGCUUGAUUUUGAUGGAGUGCCAUCAGGUGUUGGGAAGCUGUCCAGCCUGGUGGAGUUCAUGGCAGCCAAUAAUAAUCUGGAGCUUAUUCCAGAGGGGCUUUGCAGGUGCUCAAAACUAAAGAAGUUGGUUUUGAACAAGAACAGGCUUGUGACGUUACCAGAGGCUAUCCAUUUCCUCACUGAUUUAGAUGUUUUGGAUGUUCGUGAAAAUCCAAACCUGGUUAUGCCACCCAAACCAGUGGACAGGGGAGCCGAAUGGUACAACAUAGACUUCUCUUUGCAGAACCAGUUGCGAUUGGCUGGUGCAUCGCCAGCUACCGUGGCUGCAGCAGGUGGAGGAAAUAGUCCAAGAGAUCCGAUGGCCAGAAAAAUGAGGUUAAGGCGACGGAAAGACUCCACGCAGGACGACCAAGCUAAACAGGUGCUGAAAGGCAUGUCCGAUGUAGCCCAGGAGAAGAACAAAUCUAUUCAGGAGAACGGUGAUAUGAAAUACUCUGACCUGAAGUCCAAGCGCUGGGAUAAGAACCUCGAGAAGCCUCCACUUGACUAUUCUGAGUUCUUUAUGGAAGAUGUGGGUCAGAUUCCUGGAGUCACUGUGUGGCAGAUAGAGAACUUCUUACCUGUUCAGGUGGAUGAAGCUUUCCAUGGAAAGUUCUAUGAGGCAGAUUGUUACAUUAUCCUGAAGACUUUUCUAGAUGACAAUGGAGCCUUGAACUGGCAUAUCUAUUACUGGAUUGGUCAGGAUGCCACCUUGGAUAAGAAAGCAGGCUCUGCUAUCCAUGCUGUUAAUCUUCGCAAUUUCCUGGGUGCUGAGUGUAGGACUAUCCGAGAGGAAAUGGGAGAAGAAAGUGAAGAAUUUACUGCGGUGUUUGACAACGAAAUUUCCUACAUAGAAGGAGGGACUGCCAGUGGAUUCUACACAGUGGAGGAUACACAAUACCCAACAAGACUUUAUCGUGUGUAUGGGAAGAAGAACAUCAGAAUGGAGUCUGUGCCUCUAAAGGGAGCCUCCCUUGAUCCUCGGUUUGUCUUCUUGCUGGAUGCUGGCCUUGAAAUAUAUGUGUGGAGAGGAGCCAAUGCCACCCUUAGCAGCACUACAAAAGCCAGGUUAUUUGCAGAGAAGAUAAACAAGAAUGAAAGGAAGGGCAAAGCAGAGAUCACUUCAUUGAUGCAUAAUCAGGAACCUCCUGAAUUUUGGGAAAUUCUUGGUGGACAGCCGGAAGAAAUCAAGAAACACGUUCCAGAUGACUUUUCUCCAGUUCGACCUAAACUCUACAAGGUUGGUCUGGGUUUGGGAUAUCUUGAACUUCCUCAAAUCAACUACAAGCUUUCAGUUGAGCAUAAGGACAAACUCAAACUUGAUGUGCUUCCAGAACUCAGACUGCUCCAAAGUCUUCUAGACACUAAAGGUGUGUAUAUACUGGAUUGUUGGUCUGAAGUGUUCAUUUGGAUUGGACGCAAGUCCCCUCGUCUUGUAAGAGCAGCUGCUCUGAAAUUAGGCCAGGAGCUGUGCAGCAUGCUCCAUCGACCAAAACAUGCCGUGGUCAUCCGCAACCUGGAGGGUACCGAGUGCCAGGUCUUCAAAUCCAGGUUCAAGAACUGGGAUGAUGUGUUGAAGGUGGACUACACCAGGAAUGCAGAGAGUGUUCAGCAGAAUGCUGGCUUGUCUGGAAAGGUGAAGAAGGAUGCUGAGCAAAAGAACCAGAUGAAGGCUGACCUGACUGCUCUCUUCCUGCCCAGACAGCCACCUAUGCCCCUUUCUGAGGCUGAACAAAUGAUGGAAGAAUGGAAUGAGGAUCUGGAUGGUAUGGAGGGAUUUGUUUUGGAAGGUAAAAAGUUUGCCCGGCUGCCAGAGGAGGAGUUUGGUCACUUCCACACACAAGACUGCUAUGUGUUCCUCUGCAGAUACUGGGUGCCGGUUGAGUAUGAGGAGGAUAAAGAAAAAGAAAAAGAGAAAGGUGAAGAAGGAGAAGGAGAUGAUGAGGACAAACAACCUGAAGAGGACUUCCAGUGUGUGGUUUACUUCUGGCAAGGUCGUGAGGCUUCAAAUAUGGGCUGGCUUACGUUCACAUUCAGCUUGCAGAAGAAGUUUGAGAGCCUUUUCCCUGGCAAACUGGAGGUUGUGAGGAUGACCCAGCAGCAGGAGAACCUCAAGUUCUUGUCACACUUCAAGAGGAAGUUCAUUAUCCACAAAGGGAAGAGAAAGCUUAAGGUGGACAAUGUGCAGCCCAGUCUGUACCAUAUCAGGACAAAUGGCAGUGCACUCUGCACCAGAACUAUCCAGAUUACGACUGACUCCAGUAACCUUAACUCUGAGUUCUGCUUCAUACUGAAGGUGCCAUUUGAGAGUACAGACAACCAGGGUAUUGUGUAUACAUGGGUUGGCAGAGCAGCAGACCCAGACGAGGCUAAGCUGGCAGAGGAUAUCAUGAACUCCAUGUUUGAUGAUACCUACAGCAAGCAGGUAAUAAAUGAGGGAGAAGAACCAGAAAACUUCUUCUGGGUCGGCAUUGGCUCACAGAAACCAUACGACGAAGACGCAGAAUACAUGAAAUACGCCAGACUUUUUAGGUGCUCCAAUGAGAAAGGCUACUUUUCAAUAUCAGAGAAAUGCUCUGACUUUUGUCAAGAUGAUUUGGCUGAUGAUGACAUCAUGCUCCUGGACAAUGGAAAAGAAGUGUACAUGUGGGUGGGCACUCAGACAAGCCAGGUGGAGAUCAAACUGAGUCUAAAAGCUUGUCAGGUCUAUAUUCAGCACAUGAGGUCCAAGGAUGCAGAGCACCCGAGGAAGCUGCGCCUGGUGCGCAAAGGCAACGAACCUCAUUGCUUUACUCGCUGUUUCCAUGCCUGGAGCGCCUUCAGGACAGUGCCCGCAUAAAAUAUUCACACAAAACACAGCUGUUAUGUACAAUAGAGCAUUAUUCUAAUAAUCUGCAACUAUAAAGCACCCACAAGAACUCAUCUCUUUCUUUUAGUGCACGGCAAUUAUAGUAACACAUUCUUUGAAAAGCGCAUACAAUAUGAUGUUUACCUACUUGAACGGUUCUUAAAGUUUCUAUUUAUGUGUGAGGUCUAAAGGAGAAUUCUAGGUAAGUGUUACCUCCUAAGAUAGAAGUUGCUAUAUUUUUGAGGGAUGAUGGAAGAAGAAAAACAUCUGCGCAAUAAAUACUACAAAGCAGGGUCACUGGGUUUACGUUCUAUUUAUGGUGUUGAAGAAUUGAACUAAGAAUAACUUUAAUCAGCUUGAAUGAAUGCUGAAUUAAGUUGCAACCAGUUUGUUUGCUAACCUUGGCUAAUUCAGCUCAACCGUGUCAAAUAGGUUCUUUGAAUUUGAUGUUUUUAACAAUGUAGAUACCAAAAUGAAUUUGCACACUUUCACACCUUCACAUUUAUUUUGGUUUGAGCUCUUUAUAUGUCAGUGAUUUGAAUAAUGCAUUUCCUAUUGUAUUGUGCAAAACUAGGCAGUUUGUUUAUGGCUUAGAUUUUGUCACUUAAAGCACAAGCUGCGCUUUGUCUCACAAAAAAAUAUAUAUAUUCUUCAGAAAUAGCUGGUGCCAUAGACAGCCCACUACGUGUUAUUUUGUAUGAAUGUGCUGUCUUUAUCAUCUGCUGCUUUAGGAUUCACUAUAGGUAUAGUGAGUGGCAUUGCUGAAAUUAUAGACAUUACAGGUAAUUUGGGUUGGUUUUUGGAGAAAUGUUUCUGUGGCUUAUCAGGACUAGUAUUUUUGUUUCUUGCUGCUUGAUGCCCUUGAGCUACCCUACAUGCAUACUAUUUCAGGAAAAAAAAAUAGAGGAGUAUAUGUAAUAAGGGUACAUAAUGGCAGUAAUUGGUAGAAUAUCAUGCCUUAGCAGUAAUGGUCCUUUUUAUGGACCACUUGAAUUCUUUAAGAGUUGAAUGUUAUGUUCCAUUUGGACAGGGAAAUGCAUUGAACCAAGGCUAAACAGUUAACUGUAUUUAAUCAUGUUUCAGAGGGAUUGGGAGAGGCGAAUUGAUAUUUACGAAUGUCAGCUUACUUUUUCAACAUCACUGUCUUUUUUGUGUGUGUGUGCAUAAAAUGUACCUGUACAAAUAUUUUCUGCCGCUGGACCCACCUGCAGAUGCUAUAUUUAUGUAUUUUGUAUGAAAGUAAAAGUUCCAUUACAAUUC